AUGGAGAUAUUAUGGGAUUCAACGAAUGCAGUUCCAUAUGGUUGGUUCGACACUGGAGAUUUGGCUUGUGUUGAUGACGAAGGAUUCUUCUACAUCACUGGCCGUAUGAAGGAAAUGAUCAAAGUGAGGGGAUGGCAGGUUAACCCUUAUGAAAUCGAAGAAGCGAUUAAAGCCAAUGUGGUGGAUGUGAAAGACUGUGCAGUUGUUGGUGUUGAUCACGAAGUGGAUGGUCAACGUCCAAAAGCUUUCAUUGUUGGAGAACCAGAUAUCAAUGAAGUGAUCAGUUUUGUGAAAGAAACCUUCACCUCUUACAAACAUCUGUGUGCAGUUCAAAUCGUGGACGCAAUUCCAAGGACCCCGUCCGGGAAAAUUUUGCGUCAUGUACUGACCGGCAAGAUCAGCAAUGAAUAA